UGUAGCUCGUAUCUAAUUGGGUCUUGGACACGUCAAUUUACUGACGUUUUGCGAAGUAAAAAAAUCUAGUGUGCGGCAUUUAUUGACAUCGGAACGUCCUUCCCUGUCUUUUUAGAUGUCCACGGACGGUAUGUAGCUGUUUGAAGGACUUUCUUAUGCGUUGUUCCGCCUGUGAGUUGCAGACAGAGCCGCUGAAGCCACUGGGUGCCAGUUUAAAGCCCCACAACUCGCCCGGACCCGGUGAUGCUGUGAUGUAAAGUGACAGAUCGAGCUGUGCUAGCUUAGUGUGAUAGCUAAGGGGAAUAAAACUGCAGGUGGACUGGUGCUGGACUGGUGCGAAGUACAAGUUCAGGAGUGAAUGACGACAGACGGUUCAUCUGCAAGCCCUGAGCUGGCUGAUCUCGGAGCGAAGAGCAAAUCUUUGUGGCAGCUUUGGAGAACUGUGGCCUGAAGGCAUUUUGAUAUUUGAAAUGUCAGUCAAAAGAGCAGAAGGGAUGUCCAUCGCUCAGGCUUUGGCCAUGACCGUAGCAGAGAUCCCUGUCUUUCUCUAUUCCUCAUUUGGGCAGUCAAUAUUUUCCCAGCUAAAACUGACCCCAAGCUUGAAGAAGGUGCUCUUUGCCACAGCACUGGGCAGUGUAGCUCUGGCUCUCACUGCGCAUCAGCUCAAAAGACGGAGGAGGAAGAGGAAGCAGGCAACACAAGGGAAGGAGGGCCAGAAGACAGUUGGAAUACCUGAGGCACUGAUGAGGACAGGAAGGCCCUCCUCAUUAAAGAGAGGUCCAUUAACUGGCCGUCAGGUGAUGAGUCCAAGCAACAGGAGCAAUGACACCAUGAGUGGAAUUUCUUCUCUGGCUCCCAGUAAACACUCAAGCUCCUCACACAGCCUGGCAUCGAUGCGGGUCCCAAACUCCCCAAAUCAGUCUGUCAAUCCAUCCACACCCUGGGAAACAGAGCCUGUGGUCGAAGAGUCGGGGGCAUUAGAGGACGCCAAUGCAGAGAAUCUUUAUUUAAUGGGGAUGGAGCUCUUUGAAGAAGCUCUACGAAAGUGGGAACAGGCCCUGAAUAUUCGCCACUCUGGCUCAUCUUCCAGCAACAGUAGCCUUGCACUACAGGGGGCAACGUGUGAAGACUUUCCCAUGAUGGAAAUGCGUAAUAAAGUGUUUGCUGAGAAGUUGGAGACACUACUGCACAGGGCCUACCACCUACAGGAGGAUUUUGGCAGCACUAUCCCAACAGACAGUGUGCUGGCAGACUUUGAGAGUGAAGGAACUCUCAUCUUGCCUCAAGUGGAGACUUUCCACCGAUUGCAAAAUGAUGAUGCAGCUACUGUUUCCUCUGAUGAGUCCUUCUUCUCUGCUGCAGAGUUGUUUGAUGCAAUGGCUCUAGAAGAGGUCUACCAUCCUCUUAAGCCUGCAGCUCUAUAUGAAGAAGCCUUGUCCCUAGUGCGGGAGUGCAAAGUGGCCUACAGGUCCUCGAGGACUGAAUUACUUGAAUGUUAUGAUGAUCAAGAUUUCCUUGCCAAACUCCACUGUGUGAGACAAGCAUUCCAGGUCCUGUUGAUAGAUGAAACUCAUCGCACAUUUUUCAUGGAGACUGGAAAGCAAAUGAUCACAGGGUUAAUGGUGAAGGCAAACAAGAGCCCUAAAGCCUUCCUAGAGAGCUAUCAGGACAUGCUGCUUUACACCCAGAGGGAAGAAACAUGGCCCAUUACUAAGAUGGAGCUGGAGGGCAGAGGAGUGGUGUGUAUGAACUUUUUUGACAUUGUGUUGGACUUCAUCCUGAUGGAUGCGUUUGAGGACCUGGAGAGCCCUCCCUCCUCUGUGGUCGCUGUGCUGAGGAAUCGCUGGCUUUCUGACAGCUUUAAAGAGACGGCCCUGGCCACUGCUUGCUGGUCUGUCCUCAAAGCUAAAAGGCGUUUGCUUAUGGUACCUGAUGGUUUUAUAUCCCACUUCUAUGCCAUAUCAGAACAUGUGAGCCCUGUUUUAGCUUUUGGGUUUUUAGGACCUAGGCAGCACCUAAGUGAAGUGUGCACUAUCUUUAAGCAACAAAUUGUACAGUACCUUAAGGAUAUGUUCGACCACGACAAAGUACGCUUCAACUCGGCUCAGUGCUUGGGGGAGGACAUCCUGAACCUUUCCCACCGCCGGAGUGAGAUUUUACUGGGGUAUCUGGGGAUUGACAGCCUUCUGCAGCUCAAUGGUACCGUGCCCAUAGAAACGGAGGACUCUUCAGGGCCCAACUAAAACCACUAGGGCCACUAAGUUAUUCAUGUGUCUUGUGAGGGCCAAAGACUUUGGGUUUUCAAGUAGGGAACAGCAAGGAGUUCCAUCUCAACACUUGAGUUGUAAGAAAUAAUCAUUUAAUCAUCAGUGGAUUUAUUUUCACUAGAUCUGGGUUAUCACCAGUACCAGUGAGGGGAGACUUUCCUAUUUUGUAAUCAGCUGCUGUGUUGCAUUUGGAGACGGCCAACUGAAGUCAUGUAAUCUCAGACGUGUGUGGACUUGUCUCUGCCUUGAUGUGAUGAGGAUACGUAGAAACACACAGGACAGAAGCACUCUGAGCAAAUGAAGACUGGGCCUUCUACACUAUUACUCCUCAUGGAGCGAAUGUUUUCAGAUUACCACUUGUGGUUGCAUUGUAACCUUCCAUUCAUCUGACCGGUGAAAUCAGUUUAAAUAUCAUCUUCUUCAUUAUUAUAUGGGAAAAAAAAAACAAGUCUGAUAAUGUUUUAGUUUUUUAUUGAAAGGGACAAAGAUAUUUGUUAAAACCAUGAUAAUUCCUGAUAACCUUGGCUAACUCUCUGUCGCUUCUGCUGCUUAAUGAAAGAUGUGAUGAAUUUGUCUCCUCACUUAUACAAUAGUAUUUAUUCCAGUUUGGUUUGGUCCAGCAGUUUAAGAUGUGACUGUGUGAAGUCCAAAAGGACAACAAUUAAAAGUAGCUUAGGGUAAAAUGUUAACAUAUAGAAAAUAUGUGUUGAUUAUCCCCAAGUUAUGCUCUGACCCCACAUCACUUCUAAUAAUCGUCUCCGAUAAAGUGGAUAACGGCGAUAGAAAACAACAUAGAACUGAUGUGGUUUUUGAGCUUAUUUAAACAAAAGUAUCUAAAUACAAAUACAUUUAAAUCUGUUCAUGUGUGAAAUCAGCAGCACUACAUACUGAGUAUAAAUGUUGUUAUUGGUGUAAAUUGGGAUAAGAAGAGUGGAUUAAAGAAAAACCCUAAACCCAAAAGGUCUUAUUUUUCACAGCAGGCAUGUGCCAGUGUUUUAAUGGGAAAAGUACAAAUGUUACUGUUAACCUGAACAACUGAAGUGUUUUAAUUACGUGUUUAUUUAGUUUAAGCCUUGACAGUAACAGCACGGGUAGAAAAUUACUCGGUGAGUUUUGCUGAUUAAACAACCUGUAUGUGGACUCAUUUUCAGCCACAACCAGUAAAAAAUUAACCAUUUUAAUAAUGAUCCAAUAAUAUAGUUUACUAUAUAAACAGUACAUCAUCAUCAGAAGAGCAUUCAUUUGGAUACCUAGGUACACUGCUCUUUAAAUUCAACUUUCGUCAAAUGUAAUUGAUCAUUUUCCUACUUUUAGUUGAGGAUCACAAUGUCUUACCCCUGUGCUUUUCCUUUUAUGCCAAAAUGUGUGCUGUGAAAAAAGCUCAUCAACACUUUGAGCUCCAUUUACAGUAGAAUUGUUACUAAGGUUGUUUUGUUUGUGACUUCAUGAAGUCUUGCAAUGAGGAAGUGGGCAUUGUACAGUCAGACUGUUACCUCCAUAAGGGCAUGGAUGAUAAUCUCUGAGUUCUCUUUUCUCAGUACUGUGAACGUGUUGGACACAGAAAACAUCAAAGAGACCAUGUUAAAUGGAGUUUUUCCUAUACAAUCCCAACAUGGACAACCCCGUUACUGUAAAAGCAGAUGUUUGUUGUGCAGACUUUUUUGUAUUUAAGAAAUUGUCACAAAGUGAAUGAUCGUAAUGAAAUGCGUUGAAUAGAUUACUUAUUAUUUAAUGCAGUGUAAACGCACUGUAUGCUUGUGUUGUCUGCAAGUUUCCUCUCUGGUCCUGUCUGUGAUCCGAAUAGUUUCAUGCAAAUUAAGAGCAGUUGGCUCUUGGUUAUUCAUAGUCUUCAUAAUCACUUGUGUAAGCAUGUGUUGUCUUGAUAAUCCAAAUCCUGCUCUUGUUGCAACAUGCCUCUAAAAAGUCGCAGUCAUAAAACCUUUUUAUUUUGUUUGGUCACAAUGCAAUACCUUUAUCUAAAACCUGUAUUGUCAGUCAAAUGUGAACUGCGCCUAUCCAACUUACCUGAAAUCAAUUUCAUACCUUGUUUUGACAGAUAUGCAGCUUUGUGCUUUCAAGCAUUUUGCACUUUAUCAGACAAACCGAAAGCUAUGGGAAUGUCCCGCAGCUCUUUUUAAAUAAACAGAAUGAGAAUUUGACUAAACAAUAAUUCUGAGGUGUUACACAAAAUAACUAAUAUAUAUAUAUUAUUAAUACCAUACAACAUACAUGAUGUAUAGCAAGGAAAAUAUAUUAUGGAAGAUGUUAAUUGUGGUAACUGCCCUAAGAUUUAAGCCUUUGUGUUGAUUUUAACAUCAGACUGUGUUGUGCAAUGAUUCAAAAUUGUUUUCUUCCCUGUUAAAUCCUGUUGUUGUAGAAUAUCAGCAGUGUGAAUCAUCCUGGCAAAUUCAGUAAUGAUGAUCAGCAGCCUUUGCAUGUUAAAAAUGUAGAUUUUUUGCAAGCAGUUAUUGGCAUUUUCCUGCAUUAUCUCAAACCACACUCAGCCAUAGUUACUGUUAUUAUUAGUUUUACAUAACCCAAGUAGAAAUAAGCUGAAGAAAAUGCUCAUUCAUUUAAAAGUCAAUUUUGAGGUAUAGAUUCUCCUUAGAUUACAUUGAAUAGAUUAUCGAGUUUUAUGGGGAUUUCAGAUGGCCAAAAUGAUUUUACUUUGUAAAGUCACUGCUGUAUAUUACAAGUGUCCUGUUCAUGCCUUUUGUCUUUUCUAUUGUUGAUUUACAAUGCCAGCACAAACUGUAAAUUGAUUUUGAUUCUCCACAUUAAAUGUUAUUUUUUAUUAUCAAACAAUAAGUUUAUUUUUUGCCUUUUUCCCAAUAAAUGAUCAUUUGA